AGUUAUCACACAUAAGGUUUCAAACGUCGAUUUUUUUCUACUCUCGAAAUGGCCAAUCAGUUAGUUUAUGGCCUACUGCUGUUGACAACAGCUACAGCUGCCAGUGCUGCAGCAGGCAUUGAAGGUGGUGCACCUGCCAACAUUAGCGACCGCUCAUACCUUAUCUCAUUUCACGAUGAAAAUGGUGUACCCGUUUGCGCAGGUGCUUUAAUUAAAAAGAAUAUCGCUGUUACCGCUGCCUCCUGUUUUGCUUUCCACAAUGGUUGGAAAUUUGCUGUGGGUGUGCAUAAUGGCGCUAAAUUUUUAAAAGUUUCGGAUUAUACCUUCAGUGCUCGCUUCGGCUAUAACACAUGGGAUAAUGAUAUAGCCGUUCUUAGGCUGACAGAAUCCGUCGAGGCUAAUUACUUGACGUUAGCUAGCCAACCACGGCCAACCGGUACCAGUGCCGUGCUCACCGGCUGGGAUGCAAAUAAUACUGUAGUUGAUGUAGAUGAAACUAUUAUUAGUACUAAGGAUUGUAUUUCUGGGAAAUAUAAGUACCAGGUGGGCGAGGUGUUCGAUUCAAUGUUGUGCGGUCUGGCAAAGGACGCUGCUUGUGGUGCACUGCCUGGAAGUCCCUUGGUAUCUGGAAAUAAGUUGAUUGGUUUGGCUUCCUGGGGUAAUGGUUGUGGCGACAAAUGUAAACCAGGUGUUUUCACGAACAUUGAAUCCUUCAAUUCAUGGAUUCAAAACCUUCAAAACAAAUUGUUUGCUGGAAAGAUAUAAAAAUUAGUAAAAUGUAAACGAGAAAAUAAAUUGUUAUGUUAAGUA